AUGCAGGCGACGCAAAUGCACUCUCACGUGCCAAGCCAAGCUCCCAUGCAAGUGGAGUCGGGCGCGUGCGGGCCGUUCACGGUGGCGCAGUGGCAGGAGUUGGAGCAGCAGGCGCUCAUCUUCAAGUACCUCGUCGCGGGAGCCCCUGUUCCGCUGGAGCUCGUUUCGCGCGUGGUGGCGGAGCAGAAGUACUGCGAGCGCCACUUGCACCGCGGGCGCAACCGAGCACGCAAGCUCAACGACAAGGCCACGCCCGGAACCUCCCUCGUGGCUGACGAUGGGGAAACCACCCCUACAGCCACCACUGCCACCACCGCCACCACUGCGACCACGGGCAUUGGUGCCGCGGAUGGAUGUCUCACGAGCGAUGGAGUGCGGGCUAUGGAGUCUGUGGACGAUGGGCGGGGCGCCAGCACUGGUGUGAUGGACGCCAGUGCAGGGGGUGGUGGGGUGGGGACUAGUGGUGGGGCUGGCGGGGUUGCCGACAGGACAGGCAGUCCGUCGAGUGGCAACAGCGGUGGAGAUUUUGCGUCUGCGGAGUGUGCAGCAGGAAGGGAGAAUGAUGCGUGUGGAUGGGUUGCGGGAGGGCGCGUGGGAGGGGGUGGUGGUGCGGAGAAGAGUGGGGCAACGGGCGAGGGGAAUGGAAGGAGGGAGGGUGAGCCGUGUCACGGGGUGGUAACGGCGCCAGCCUCUGCUGCUGGUGCGGCUUCUGAGCCUGCAGGUGUCGUCUGUGUGCCUACAGCUGUGGUGUGUGUGUCCACCAGAGAUGUGAUUUCCCCAGUGCCUUUGCCCACAGGAGUGGUGUCUGUGGUGUCUACACCCACCGGGGCAGUGGCAGGCGGACACCCGCCUCCUCUUGCUCUCCCGCCCCCUGCUCAUGCUGUGGAGGGCCGCUCUCAGCAGGUGCAACAGCAGCAGCAGCAGCAGCAGCAGCAGCAGCAGCAGCAGCAGGAAAGAUUGCCUGCUGGUUCCCCUCUGGCUGGAUCGACUGUGCAUGACAGUGCUGCUGGUACCCUCAUGAAAGGGGACAAGCAGAUUGGCGCUGCUCCCAUGGAUGUGGACGCACAGAAGCAAGGGAGCCAGUGUGUGCUGCCAUCUCCAUUUCAUGGUUCAGAUGGUGGGAGUGGAGCACAGAGCCCAGUGGACAUCUCUCCACUUGGGCCUGUCCCGGUCGCAGCAUCUAAUGAAGCGGUGAAGCAUCAGCUUAUAAAGGGGUCGCGUGUAUCGGAGGAUCUGGACCAGGAGUACCCCGUGAGAAAGGACGUUGACGUCACUCAAGUCAGCAAGUUCCGUCCUCGGGUGAAAAAGCGACUGUCAACGGAGAGAUGGGAGGCCUGUCAAGACGAGUUCGGGCGAGUGUGGGCCGUUGAUGCUGCACUCAAGCACAUACAGCGAGGGGGCGUGGAGCCGAGCAUUCGAGGCGAGGUGUGGCCGUUCCUCCUGGGGCUAUACUCGCCCAACAGCACGCACGAGGAGCGGAACGCCAUGAGGGAAGCACGGCGUGAUUUCUAUGCGAGGUUGAAGCAGGAGUGCAACGAGGUGGAUCCGGUGGUGGGCAGUGGCGUGGUCGUGGACUUCCCCCGCGUGCUCGAGGACGGCUCUGACGUCCCUCUCCCCUCCUACUACAGCGGCCCGCACAUCGACGACCCCUCUUCCACACAUGUAGAUGUGAAUGGAGGAGGAGCAGCAGGGCGGGACGGUGGAGAGGGGCAGAGUGCGGUGCUGACGGAGCGGGAGAGGCUGGUGGGGCGCGUGGGGGAGGAGCGGGUGCGCAAGUGGCGCUUGGGGCUGCAUCAGAUAGGCGUGGACGUGCAGAGGGCGGAUCGCACGCUCGUGUUCUACGAGGAGGAGGGCAACCGCUCGCGUCUGAUGGAGGUUUUAGCGGUUUAUUCCUGGUUCGACCCUGACGUGGGGUACUGUCAAGGUAUGAGCGACCUCAUGUCGCCCUUCAUUGUCAUCUUCCCCAACAACGCUGAUGCUUUCUGGUGCUUCGAACGCCUCCUGCGCCCCAUUCGGAGCGACUUCAUGGGAACAUCAGCGAGCAUAGGCGUGCAGAAGGAGAUUGACAACCUCAAGAACAUCACGCGCGUGCUCGACCCCGAGCUCUACGCGCAUCUUGACGAGAUAGGAGCGGGGUCCAUGUUCUUCACAGUGCGCCCCAUCAUGGCCAUGUUCCGCCGGGAGCUCUCCUUCGCUGACUCCAUCUACUUUUGGGAGAUGAUGUGGUCGUGGGAUUACGAUGCUCGGGAUGCGGAUCUACUAGCCAUGGCGGACCAAUCCGUGUUAAAUCACCACGCCGUGAACUUCCCUCAUUCCGCCGCCUCCCCGCAUGCCCUCCACCAAAACUCGUUUGCGGCCGCCACCACCGCUGCUGCAGAAGCAGCCGCAGCGGCCGUGGCAGCGUGUGAGAGCUCUGGCUCUGGCUCCUCUGGGGUCGAAGCGAUCCCAUCUGGUGCGGCCAAAGCUGCUGCCAAGGCUGCUGCUGCGGAAGCUGUUGCUGCGGCCGUCUCGUCUUCUGGGAGAUCUGGGGUGGACGGGGUGACGCCUGGUGCUGCCCGGAUGGCCGGUGCUGCGGCUGCAGUGGUGCGGGUUGCUGGGAGGGAGGAGGAGGGGCAGCAGGGGGGGAAAGGGAGGGCCAGCCCUUUGAGACCAGGUAAGCUGGGAGGGGGGCUGGGGGGCAUGGGAUGCCGUUGGGGGCAUCAAACUGGCUGCCGUUGCUGCGGUGGGGAGGGUUGCUGGGAGAGAGGAGGAGGGGCAGCAGGGGGGAAAAGGGAGGGCCAGCCCCCUGAGAUCAGGCACACGCUCCACUGCAGCAGCGUGGGCGAGUGUGGAAGCAGCAGCACACGCUCCACUGCAGCAGCAUGGGCGAGUGUGGAAGCAGCAGUCACCUCUGGCGCUCUCACGGACACCAAAAGGAACUCCUCGUCCGACCCUGCCGGUCCCGGUGGCGGCAGUGCUGCUAAUUCCCGCGCCAGCACCCCCUCACUCCCCGCCAACCGCCUCCCCUCCCGAAAGCACCACAGCGAGCGCAAAGUCCCCGCCGCCGCCACCACCCCCCCCACCACCAACAACAGCACAGGCAGCCGGGCCAUAGAUGGGGCUCGCUCCCGCAGCUGGGCGGGCGUGGGGCCGUACAGGAAAGACGUGAUCCGUUACGUUACUCUAGAUGCUUCUGCUGGCAAGCUAGCUGCAAGCAAGAGUGCCAAGUACCUCUCCUCGCGGCGCUCUGCUGUGGCUCUCUGGCACAAGGCGCAGAAGCUCGCAGGACCGGUGGGUACGGCUGCUGCUACAGCUGCCAUGCCGGGUGAUGCUGUGGUGUUUGCUGUCUCGGCGUUUGCCGGCCGACCAAUCACACCAACUUAUGCUGCUGCUGCCGGUGCAGAGUCGGCGGGGGUGGCGGUGCCGUACGUGCGGAGGGAGGAGCAGGAGCGCAUGACGACCUUCUGUGUGCUCGCCAUUGUGCUCAAACUGAGGGACGAGUUUAUCGACGACGCCUCUGGGCUCGACGAUGUGGUGGAUGUGAGUGUAAAGGGGGAGGGAGGGGGUUUGCAGGGGAGAGAGGGGGCGGGCGGGGUUGGAAUUGGGCAUAGCGGUGGUGGUGUGCCGUAUGUGCGGAGGGAGGAGCAGGAGCGCAUGACCACCUACUGUGUGCUCGCCAUUGUGCUCAAACUGAGGGACGAGUUCAUUGAUGACGCUACUGGGCUCGAUGAUGUGGUCAAUGUGAGUGUAAAGGGGGGAAGGAGAGAGAGGGGAGGGCGUGUGGGUGUGGGGCAGCAGUGGGGGAGUCCUGGGUAUAGCUUCAAUGCAGCAGCAGGGUCGUGGGACGUGAAGAAGCUCUGUAAACGAGCAGUGGAUCUUCAUCGGCAGUACCUUGUUCUGAAACUGGCCGCGCAUGAGCUAGGCCGAACCCUCUGA